AUGACAACAACUAUGGCUACCAUGGCUGCAACACCGGCCAAGACAGCUGGGACUGGCUCCGAGUCUCACCAGAGCAGCGCAAAGCUUCUUGAAAGUCUCUCUUCAGUUCUUCCGGAAGGUCAAAAAUUCCGAGCUUAUCACCUAUCAACACCGCCGACCCGAACCGAAGCCCUCUUCGCUCCACCCCCUAAUGCUCGGCCGGAUAGGACAUAUUGCGAAAGUCAUUUCCUCGCCAUCUCGAUCCUUGUUCCAUUCAAUGCGUCAAGUGAUGAUUGCUCGAACUCUGCCGACAAGGAAGUACCGGCAGACAGGGAAGUCCUGGUACUGGCGCUGGAGAUCCUCAUUUACACUACUGCAUACACAAGUACCUUCUUUGUAUCCAAGGCCGACUCGACCGGGUAUUUGCACCUCUUGAACCUUCCUAAGGGAACCCCGUCCCCAAUUAGGGAAGUCAGCUCCGCCUUCAUUACGUACCUAGUACGUCAGCGUAGGCGAAAAGGGAUACAGUCCAUUGUGAGCUUGUUUGCACGCGCACAAGGCCAAUAUCUGUUUCCAGGGAGUGUUGAGUAUAAAGGAAAACAUGUUUUGACCGAUCGAGGUCUCGUCAAGUGGUGGUGCAGGGUGCUCACGCCGCUCCUAGAUGCCAAUGCCAAUAACACCAUGUUAGAUUCUUGGAGAGCUGUCAAGGGCUACCUCCUCGUGCCGGGCCUGGAUCAAUACGAAACGAGGGCAUUCAUCCCCAAAACAGGAGCUGGCAAUACAGUAAACCCCAACUGGGUGCUUGGUCACCCACUUGAAAAAAUCUCACACUACACUCAAGAGUACGACUGGGUUCCACCGCGAUGCCUGAUAGCACAUUACCCUGACGACCCAAAAUCCCGUUUCCGUGAUGAGCUGGACCUCGAGGCGGACGAUGGCAAGGGUCGCAACGGCCAGUGGAAGAGUGUACACAGCCUGGACCAGUUUUGGGAACUGAUGGCAUUUCGACAAGAGUGCUCUAUGGGCGCACUCACGGGAUUCAUCUGGCUGGUCAUGGAUCCGCAUGAACCAAACAAACGUCAGAUCGUCUCGGCACCUUCCUCCCAACUAGAAGACUCGGCCAUGAUCACACCGGCGGCAUCGUUUGAUGCUUCUUCAUACCCGGCAGCGCCUUCUACACCGCUACGAAAGACCAACAAGCAGACCCUAGCUCUCAGAACCCCUCAGAAGAGCCCGGAAAAACUUUUUGGGACUUCCAAGGCGCCGGAUACGUCCUCCGCAACGAAGGAAAAAGCCAAGAAGAAGAAAACCAAACAAAAGAAACUGACAGGGCCCAUCAUCGCACGUGAACCGCGUAUCAAAACUGCGCAACGUAACUAUCUGGUGGACCGCCCCAUCACAACCCCUUACUACUACUGGCCACCCGAAGGCAGAGGACGACGUCUUGUCAAGGAGGACGGCUACAAGAGCUCACUUGAGCUUCUGCUCCGCCUAGAUUUUGCCAACCUGGAGCUAGCGACGGGCAGCACCCGGCGGUGGAUCAACGAGGUUGGUCUUGGGAUGGCUUGGGGUCUUGAUGUGGUGGGCACACGGCCUCUGCCCUUGUCAUCCUCGAAUUCAACCAGUGAACCUGCAGUCAGCAACAUCUCGGGUCUGAUUAAGAGGAAGAGAUCGGAGACGGGCACGGCCGACAAAGACACAGAGCAGGGUCCCAAGGUCAAUGUUCUUGGGGCUGGCUUGGUAAGGAAAAAGAACAAGGAUAAUGAACCACCUCCAACUAGUGUUCUCAAAACGGCCGCCAGCCAGCCUGAGAUCAAUGUGCUUGGAGCAGGCCUCAUCCGAAAAAAGCCAAAGCCAGCAUAA